UGCGGUUCGAGUCCCCGUGUCGCUGCCAUGGCGGGCGCGGAGCCGGGAGCUGAGGGCGGCGGCGAGGGCGGCGGCGGCCGGGCUCCCUCCGCCCGGAGCGGCAGCGCCGUGCGCGUGGCCCCACUGGGCCCCGAGCAGCUGCGGCGGGUCCUGGAGCAGGUGACGAAGGCGCAGCCGCCCGCCGAGCCGCCGCCGCCCUUCGUGCUGCAGGACGCGGUGCGGCGGCUGCGGGACGCGGCCCAGCAGGCUGCCCUGCAGAGUGGCCCGGGCGCCGAGCCCCCGCGCCCGCCGCGCCUGCUGCCGCCUCAGCAACUGGAAGCCAUCUGUGUCAAGGUAACAUCUGGAGAAACGAAAGGUCAAGAAAGGCUGCUGCCCCAGCUGGCCGCCAUCCAGCCCAGGACAGCCAGGCUGAGCCAGCUGCCGCGGCGGCACUGCAGCGUGUUGGCGCUCAGCGUCGCCGGCCCGCAGCUGCCUGGGGCACAGCCCCUCCUGGGCACGCAGCCACGGCCGCCUGUUCAGGUGUUUGUGCAGCGGCCACUGCCCACCCUCCGGCCAGUCCCUGCGAAGGGAGCUGUGGCCCCCGAGGCUCCAGAUGGACCAGGCGCCACGCUGGCCCCGCGGUCAGCUUCUGACCCGCCGGCGAUAACACCUGCUUCAUCCAGUUCAGCAAAUCUGUUGAUUUCCAACUUGCAUACAAAACACACUGAGAAACUGAAGAAGUCUUUAAAGGUGAAGACACGUUCCGGGCGGAUAUCUCGACCUCCCAAGUAUAAAGCGAAAGAUUACAGAUUCAUAAAAACGGAGGACCUGGCCGACGGCCACCUGUCGGACUCGGACGACUACGCAGAGCUGAGCGCGGAGGACGAGGAGGAGCGGCGGCGGGAGGGGCAGGCACGCAUCGAGGUGCCCGGCUGCGCCCUGCGGCCCCGGGCCUUCGCGUGCCAGGCCUGCGACAAGUCCUACAUAGGCAGGGGGGGGCUGGCGCGGCACUUCAAGCUGAACCCAGGCCACGGCCCGCCGCAGCCCGAGGCGCUGCUGCCCAGGGAAGCCGCUGGGAAAGCCGGCCUGGCGUCUGCGCGGGGCGGCCUGCAGGAUGGCCCGUCUGUAGAAGCGGAAGAGGCGGUGGGGUCUGAAGCAGCAGAUGGAAGUUACUCAGCCCUUCUGGGAACGGGGAGACACACAGGCCCUGCAAGGGGCUGUGCUGCGGCCCCCGCGGAGCCCCGCGCGGCCACCCCGCAGCCGAGCAGCGCGGCCAGGAGCAGAGCCGGCCUCCAGGAGUUUCUCCACCAGUGUGACCGGCAGGAUCUGGUGGAAUUGGCUCUGCCCGAGCUGGCUCAGGCGGUGACCGUGUACGAAUUUCUUCUGAUGAAGGUUGAAAAAGAUCAUCUGGCAAGGCCUUUUUUCCCAGCUGUGUACAAGGAAUUUGAGGAGUUGCAUAAAAUGGUUAAGAAAAUGUAUCAAGAGUACCUUCAUAGCUCUGGCCCAUGUUCCCAGGAGCCCCUGGAAAUAAACAAUAAUGAGGUUGCCGCGUCCCUGGGAAUCACUGAAGAAUUCCCGUGGAAGAAGGAGACACGCACAGACGGCGUGCCGCACGCGUGCAGCUGCCGCGAGGAGGGCAGUGCAGAGCCCGAGGCAGCCGGCCCCCGGAAGCGGGAGAGCGAGACCGCAGAGGCGGGGCCGGCCUCAGCGAAAAGGAGCAGGAGGGCAGCUCUGCCCAAGGAGCCCACUGAGUCUUCUGCCGACAGCGGAGGCCAGCGGAAGCCGGCUGGGGGUGCCCCGGCGGCCAGCGAGGGUAUUGCUCAAGUGAGCGGGCACGCCUGUCACCGUCCUGAAGACGGCCACGCAACGUUGGCUUCUGAUCAGGACCCAGGCGCCCCCCAGGUGGGCCGGCAGCUGGAAGCGCCUGCGGUCUCCACAGCCAGGAGUGCAUCUGCAGAUUCCAUGCCCUCGCAUCAGGACAUCGCUGGGCCCGGUCUUCACGCUCAGCCAGGGCAGCCCAGGAUGCCGGCCCUGGAGCCGACGGCAGCGUUUCCCACAGAGAGUGCUCGGGGAUGCCCUUCAGGCCUAGAGGCUGGGCGCAGCCCAGGGGACCAGGGGCUCUGCAGCAGCGUGAUGUCCGAGGGAGGGGUGGCAUCCCUGCUGCCUGGUGGGUCUGGACACACCGAGGCAGGAAAGCUCGGGCAGGUGCCAGGCUCCCCCGUGCGUGACCAGCAUUCCAGCCCCAGGGAGGCCCUGUGUGCGGGAACUGUAGCCCCUCCGCCCGAGGGAGUCUUGUCUGUGCGUGUUGUGCCGAUGCACUGUGCUUACGGCACCGCACCUCAGCCGUCUACUGAAGGGGGUCUUGGAAGCCACGUGGGGGACUUGGACCAGGUUUCCCACAGGACAGGGACACACGCCCACCAGAGGGAACUGGAGAGCAUCGUUGCUGUGGGCGAAGCCGUGGUUUUUGAAAUCACCAACGGGUGCCAUGAGCUGCUGUCUCAGGGACAGGAGCAGAUAUUUAUUCAGACUUCCGACGGGCUUCUCUUGCCCCACGCAGGCUCUGUCGUGUCCGGGGAGGACAUUGUCAUACUGACCGAAGCGGAGGGGCCUGUCCUGCAGACGGGCCCCGCGGCGGGGCUCCUCUAGCAGCCGGGGAGGCAGAGCCCUCCCAGUGAGAUGGAGUCAGGGCCCCAGCCCUAGAUGUGUGUGUAUUUGUCCAAAGCGGGUCUGUUUCAAGUGAUGUAUAUUUUUCUAAUGUGAAUACUGACACAAACAAGCAUUUUAUUUAUGAAGAA